AUGUCGCACAAAAGCGGAGGCUACUUCUACUGCCGAUACACGUACGAGUGCCCUUACACCGACGCCCAUGGCAACCGUCAUAUCGAUGACCACUACGACUCUGCGCUGUACUCCUACGCGGCCAAACAAGAUCACAAAGCGCAGUCCGAGUGGUACUCGGAAACGUUCCUCCCGGCAGCGGAGGCAGAUAUCCAGAAGAACUUUUAUAGAGAUGCCAACAGGAACAAGAAGGGGCUAAAAUAUGACCAGUUCAAUUCAAGCUACAUCAAGAGACUGACUUUUGUCUGGACGGACAAGCCGCCCACACAUAAUACCGGUCCGUUGAAGGGAAAGAUCUAUGGUAAGGAGAUCUGA